UCAUAGGAACCAGGUUUAGUUAAAGAAGAACACCGGAGUAUAAACUGACCACAGGUGGCGCUAAUACCAACUGAAUGCACUUGUGCCGCCAUAAAUAGAAACGAAGAAGAAGAACUCCAAUUUGGUGGGCGGCGGAAUGAACAAACGCCGGGGAUGUCAACAAAAUAUAACAUCUCCGUUGGAUAUGAAGUUUAAUUCAUUUAACACGAUACCACCAAAGGAGUCACCGUUACGAUGAGUUCGUUUGCAGGCCGAAUGAAGGAGUAUCCCACCGUUUCUCUGGACCGGUUCGACCGGGAGAACCUACAUGCCCGGGCAUAUUUCCUCUCCCACUGCCAUAAAGAUCACAUGAAAGGACUGAAAGGACCAAUACUGAAGAGAAAACUGCAAUCCUGUCGUACAGUCAGGCUUUACUGCUCCUUUGUGACCAAAGAACUUCUGCUGAGCAAUCCCAAGUACGGCUUCUGGGAGGAAUACAUCGUUCCCUUGGAGCUUGAGAGCCCAACUCAGAUUUCUCUGGUAGACGAGGCUUCUGGAGAGAAAGAAGAGAUUUUAAUCACGUUGCUUCCUGCAGGCCACUGUCCCGGCUCUGUGAUGUUCCUGUUUGAGGGUUCUCAGGGAAACGUUUUGUAUACGGGAGACUUCAGGUUGGCUCCUGGAGACGUCUCCAGAAUAGAACAUCUGCACUCUGGAAGCAGAGUGAAGGACAUCCAAACUGUUUAUCUGGACUCUACUUUCUACGACCCUCGAUUCUACCAGAUUCCUACUCGGGAGGUCUGUCUGAACGGGAUCUCAGAGCUCAUUGGAAGCUGGAUCAAUCAGAGUCAAUACCAUGUCGUGUGGCUAAACUGUAAAGCUGCGUAUGGAUACGAGUACCUGUUUACCAACCUGGGAGAGGAGUUCAACACACAGAUUCACGUCAGAAGUCUGGCGAUGUUCAAGAAGAUGCCGGAGAUCCUGAGCUACGUGACGACUGACCGCAGGACGCAGAUCCAUGCCUGUCGACACCCUAAGGACGAGGAGUUUUUCCAAGGCAGCCGUCUGCCGUGUGGCUGCACGGCGCCUGACGGGACUCCUCUUCGCAUCAUCAGCAUCAAACCGUCCACCAUGUGGUUCGGAGAGAGAAUGAAGAAAACCAACGUGAUAAUAAAAACAGGAGCCAGUUCCUUCAGAGCCUGCUUCAGUUUCCAUUCCUCCUACUCAGAGCUUAAAAACUUCCUGUCCUACCUCCAGCCAGUCAACAUCUACCCCAGUGUCAUCCCUAUUGGUCGGACACUGACUGAUGUUUCACAGAUGUUGAAGCUGAUGUGCAGGAAACAGUCAGAUCAAGCAUUAACUGUAUACAAACCUCUGGGAGUCCUCAAACGCAGCAAGAUGGAGCAACGUACAUAUGAUUCAGACAGCGAUGAAGGGCUGUUUGACGGGCUGGACGUUGCACCAGUGAGGAAGAAGAUUGCGCUGAACCAAGAUCUUAAAAAUGGGAAAGCUCAGAGUUCUCAGAAGACGGCGCCCCCGGUGUCUGUGGAGGAGUCUCUGCCUCUGAACGUCACAGACACACAGGCUGCUGCUCACAACUUUGUGGACUGCACUGAAUCUAACGACGAAGACGAGGGUGAAGAGGAGGAGGAGGAGAAACAGGGAGAGGAGGAGAAAGAGCUGACGAAGGAGGAAGUGAAGGGGACGUUAAAGGAAACUGAGAAAAAGUUGAGUGAGAUCGAAGGCUCCUCUAAUCCUCCGAAAUGGGAGGACUUCUUCACAACUGAGCCGCUGAGUGACAGCCAGAACAGCCUCAACAGCCAAUCACAAUCCUGCUGCUCUCUCCCGAGCCCCGCCCCCUCCAGAAUGACGGGUUCACAGACCCCAGAGCUGUUCAGCGACGAAGAUGAAACCCCUGAUAUUGAGGAGAACUUCAGUCUGACCCUGUCCGGCUCUCUGUCCAAUCAUUCCUCCCAGAACCAGGACUCGUGUCUAGCUGACACUCUGAUCCUCCAACCAGAGCAGAGGGGGCGGGAACAAGGAGACUCGAGGACCAAUACGGCGUCUCAGGAAAAGACAGAAGAAAGUAACGUCCAAUCGGAGCAGGAGGAGCUCCCAGACUCUCAGGUGUCGUCCGACUUUGAUGUUCCCUGCACGCCAGAGUCCAAAAUACCACAACAUGAUGAGCUGUCGCAGCUGUACAGGAAGCUGGCGUCAGGAGAGGAAGUGGUCAUCAGGAAAGGAAGUCAGGGCUCCACGUGAAGGAAUGUUAAAUGACGUUGUUGGUGAGACACAUUCCCUCUAUAGGUUCCCCUUUAUGCUGCAAGAUUGCCUGUUUAUAUGUGGGAUAAACACAUAAUGAGCUUCUAUGACCUCACAUGCCUUACAAGCAGAAUUACAUGUUAAAGUACUCAUUUUACAUUUUUCUGUAAUGAGUCACUUUAGUUUUGCAAUUCAAGUAACUAGCUAUUUAGUUACAUUUUGAAUAAGCUAUUUGUUACACCGUUUAAGGUGCAGUUUGUCAUUUCUGACCACAUGCUUCAAAAACAAAUACUAAAAGCAGAAAAGACACUCAUCAAGAUGAAAAAACACUUGCAAUGUCUUUAGAACUAUAAAGCAAACUUUCCUCAAUGAAAUUAAGACCAAUACCGAAGCGUCUAAGAGACUGUUGCAAUGGACGGGUCCCUGUAGAGUUUUAUCUCCACACUGGUAGAGAUUUUUUGCCCUACGAAGGCACAGAGAGCAACAGCCUGGCAGAGAGGAGACACAGGUGGAUGUGAUGUGGAGUUAGAUGUGCCUUUUCCAUAGUAGUUGAUAUGGCCUGCUUACUAGGCCUGGUCUCCGAUUUCACCAUUUCACAAAUCAACAGGCGCUGUCCAGCAGGUUUAAGCACUGUACAACUCUGAUUCCUAAAAAGUUGGGACAUUGUGUAAAAUGUAAGUAAAACGGAAUUCCAACUGAAUGUAGCUCUACACAGAGUGAUUAAUAGGGCAAGAUAUCUGUGUUUCUAUAUUUUGCAAUCAAAGCCUGUACUGUACAGCAGGUUUUGAGCUGUUGGCUGGCAUUUAUUUGUUUAAUAAGCUGCUGCACAGUUUAAUGAUGAUGCAGAACUGAAGUUGGCAUUUAAAGUUUAAAGGUCCAUUCUGCUGUUUCUGUUUAUGAAGCACUUCUUUUAAAACUAAAUUUGGCUGCAACAUCAUGUUCUAUUAUCUGUUAUAUAUAUAUUAUAUCGAUUUUCUGCCUCAAGCUUGUUACAACUGGCAUUUGCAUACAAAUUACAUUACCUUUUUUUUUUUUCAUGCACUCGUUUUACAUAACGUCCCAACUUUUAAGGAAUCUGGGUUUUAUUGCUCUGUUCCUGCCACAAAAACAAAGUAAAUUCCAGAUGCUUUUGCAGUUUCUUUGCAACAUAAGUUACUUUGAAGGUAAUGCUACAGAACACUGCCUACGAGUGACACCCAGUGACGCCUCCAAACCACACAAACCUCAGGAUAUAAAGCUACACACACAUUUCAUUCCAGUGCACUUUAAGUUCACCUGUGCCUGACAUACAUUAAUGCACCUGUGACUUUUCCUUUUUGUUGACAGUUUGUGGUUUGUUCUGAUAAACACUUUUUCUUCAUUGUGAAGUUGAUAAGAUGAUGUUUUGUAUCAAAGCAGAAAUAUUGUAUAUAUGUUUCUCAAAUCUAAUUAAAAAGCAUUUAAUUUAAA